GUGAGUCUAGUCAGUCACGGACGUGUCGAGUUGCUUUUUGAAUCGACCAUCUCCAUCGGGCCAUCAUCCCGCCCUUCCAUCUAAACAUUUUGAAGCGACACAUUUGAUAGUCAAAAGAGGGACAAACUCCCAAUGGCGGUCGUCGUCCAAAAGUCGUCCAUCCUCUUCUUCUUUUUGUCGGUCUGGAUUUCUUUCUUUGUCGUGGUGUCAUCCCAAGGAAGUGAUGGAAGCAAGAAACCCAUGCUGGGAAACAUCCACCUUUGCAUGAUGAAUUGCGGUCAAUGUAAAGAAAUGUACGGCGAAUAUUUCGAAGGGCAGCGUUGCGCCGAGUUCUGCUUAGCCAGCUACAAACCAUCGCAGGCCGGCAGUGUCAGCGGCAGCGGCAGUGGCUGGGCGCCCAUGCCUGACUGCAACGAGCCGGAAACGGUGGAUCAAUUCCUCAAACUGUCGCUGAUGCCUCAGUCGGACGGUCCGUCAGUCCAGCAGUUGAUCGACGAUUCUGACUCGGAUGGGGGUGGCGGUUACAUGUCGCCCAUCAGUCAAGCCCUGAUGGGUUCCGCUUACUCUGGCCGUUACGCUGGUCGAAAGCCAUCGGCAUCGGCUCAGCAGAACACGCUGUACAGCAGCAGAACCGGCGCUGAAUUUAAAGGUCACAAUCAAUUACUGAAGAACCGCAAGUGGAAGAAACGCAUCAAUGGUAGCAGCAAACUAUUGGCAGGCUCUCCAUCGAUGCCUCGUUGGUAUUUCGUUUAAGCGUCGGUGCAAUUUGUUUUCUCACCCCCUUUUUGUUGGUCUUCUUUUUGCGGGGGAGAGAUGUGCUGAAACAUUGACUUGUUCACCUUUUUCUCUUCCACUUCCGGUUGCUUUUCACUCCCCCUCCCCAAUUUGAACUAAAACCCCCACUUGAUAUAUUUGUGACAAAUGAAGCAGCCAUAAAGAAUUCAUUGAAAUUGCUGCGAAAUAAAUACAUUUAUUGUACGUAG